UUCCUAAAACCCAUCAAAGGGAGUCCAUCUCCUGCAGAAAUGCGGCUCAGAUGCACCCUGGCAGGAAACAGGAAACGUAAAUGUUCUGGUGAAGCAAGGAGACAGCCAAACACCCCUCGGGUGGGAGUGCCACCAAGGUAACAUGCGAAAGCAAAACUUCGUCGCACUGCUUUCUAUCCUGUUGCUGGCUGGAGGAUCCGAUGGGAACGGUUCCGACAAUGAUGGUUCAGGAGAUGGAUCACUGAUAUUAUCCACCAUUACAGUAAUGCCUCCUGCUACGCAUUCUUCGACUGAGAAUGACAAUGAGUCAGUACUUGUCACUGCAAGAGCUACUGAAAGCAGUUUUGAAACAAAAAGUACUCUAAGUACAGAAUUGAAUGCUGUGGACAAUCAGGACAGCAUAGAAGCAGCAGAACCGUCUGCGUUGACAUAUGUUGUCCCCGUCGUGCUGCUGGUCCUGCUGAUUUUGCUGAUCAUGUUUUUCGUAAUACAUCAUAAAAGGAAAAAGACUAAACAAGAUGAGCUGGGAAGUGAAAAUGUGAAAAGUCCUAUUUUUGAAGAAGACACGCCCUCUGUUAUGGAGAUAGAAAUGGAAGAACUCGAUAAAUGGAUGAACAGCAUGAACAAAAAUGCUGACUGUGAAUGUUUGCCUACUGUCAGAGAAGAAGAAAAAGAAUCACUUGCCAACCCAAGUGAUGGCGAAUCAUGAAGUCAGAACAGUAAAGAACUGGUUAAAAUGAAGCAGUGCACGAGCUCCCAGUUACUGGAUGGAAUGGAUUUAAAUAUAAUUCAUCUCGAAAGGCGAGAGAAGCACAUGUUUUUGUUGUGUUCUGCUACAUACUGUCUUCAGAAAGAAAACAUCACCAAGGGGAAGAAAAAGAGACAAAAAAUGAAAUCACUGUAGUAAGAUGAGGGGCUGAUUUAAAUUUCUUCCGCAAUAAAACUCAUCACAAAUCAGGAAGUCUCUUCCCCCAGCCCCCCUUACAUCCCACCUUCUCAAUCAUCCGUGUUUCUGUCUAGUUCUCCACUUGUGUUUUGUGCAGCACUUAAUACCACUUCUGUUCCAAGUCUGGUGGAUUUCUUUGCAUUUUUUGUGGGCAAUUGUUUUAAAAUACAGAAAGAGCAUACAUAAUUCUGGACUGCCCUGGCUUGGUGGAUGUGAAGCUCAUGCCUAUAAGUUGUUUAUUCUUCAAUAUGCUUUUUGGUAAUGAUGCACUGAUUUGCAUAGGACUUGUGCCAGGGAGGUACCAGCUUAGGACUGACAGACUAGUUCUGAGGGCAGACAGAGCAACUGAAAAGCCUCUCCGAGGAUUCACUGGAAGCAACUGCAGCCCAAGGAGGGCAUAGUCUUUGUAACGUGCUUUUUGGUUUUCAAAUUAAAGGCAUUGCAGAAAUGAAAAAUAUUAUUUUGUGAUUGCCUUUCAGUUCAUUAUCUCCACAGUUCAGUGGGGCUGGUUCUCACCACUUGACCCUCCAGUGCUGUUCUCUGACAACUACCUACUUCAAGAAUAUUCAGCUUGAAAACAUUCCUUUUUAAAAAUGAGAGGCUGAAAAAUUGAACAAUUCAGUGCUUACACCAAACACAAGUUUAGAUAAGCAUGUGUUAAAGGUAACAACCUGGUCAAGUUGUUCAGCAAUGAGAUUUCUGCUUCUUCUGGUUUUGAAUAUUGAGCUUCGAGUAGCUAAAAGACAUGGACUUCUAAAGGUCACUUCCAAUUACACUGAAAGAUAUCAGACUUCUGAGAUACCUCAAGGUGGGAAUAUGAAUAUUGUAAUUGCAUCCCUUGAUUUUAAGUGGCUUGUCUCUUAUAGAUGUAGUUUAAAUAUCUAAUACACGUGACGGUGGAUUCUUGUCUGGAAAGCUUCCCCUGCCUUAUUUAGAAUAUUAAAUUCACAUCCUACCAUAUCUUACAUCCUACUCAAUCAUAUCUCAUCUUCUAUUAAGUAUAUAAUUUCUUCCUACUUAAUACAUUUUCAAUACAACCAGUUUUGUUUUGCCUGGAGAUGUUUCAAUAAUAUAUUAUCAUGCGUAGCUUGGUAAAAGAAAACGAACAAAAAAUGCUGCAAGCCUCUGGGAUGACAGCUAAGUGUCACUAACAGGUGACAAAUACAAAGCAUUGAGAGUAAUUGAAGAUGUGUCAAAAUAUAAAAGGAAAAAAAAUGUUUACAGUUAACAAUAUCCAUUCAUUACAGAAUACAACUUAACUAGUAAUUUCCUCUGAGUAAAAGAUUUCUCCAUUGUUCCAAAACAAUUUAUUGCAAACAUUUUAUUUAAUAUGACUGAUGGUAAAUUCAUUUUCUCUUCUUGGAUGACCUUUUAUUUUGAAAAAAGUGUUUUAAGUUCAUCUUUCACAAUUUUUUUUUUUUAAUAUUUUCAGAAGUUUCUGACAGUAAACUCAAUCUCUGGAGUAUUGGUUUAAAAUAAUGCAAUCACAGGGCCUGGAAAAAGUUAAAGACAACUAUAGAAAAUUUAAAAGAGGGAAGUGGAUAUUUUCUGGUAGCAGCUUUGUUAGCAAUUUCUUCCCAACAAAUGAAGAUGUUAUGCUCAGACUUCCUACAGUUUGCAAAGCAGUAACCUGAAGAUACCCAGAACAGUGAAUGUUUUCUUGAACAAAAAAGUGUUUAGAGACCUUUAUCAGCUGUGUGGUUGGAGGGCAAUCCACGGUGACCCAGAAGUUUGCAGCGCUACUGUCCAGCAGUGACUUCUACUCUACCUUGCUUUAGCCCACACAGCUCUGCAUCCAACAGCCACUGCCUUCUGCCUGAGGAGAGCUGAAACACAGCUGCAACAAAGAGUUGAAGAAUGACGUUAUAUGGCAUAGCCCAGUUCUGACACGCUGAUGAUCCUUCACCUUGUCCUAGCCAUGCCCCUACCACAGCGCAACACGCUAACGCAGUCUGCUGUGGCAUUUGAGAAGAGGCUGCCCUGCGUGAGCUUUGUUGUUGGUUUGGGAUUAGUGUUAUUCACGGGUGAUCCUUUCCUCAGACAAAAUGCUGUACAGUUUCAAGUAAGUUCCUUGCAGAGAUUUAGCUUCACUUAAAAAUAGAUUAGCUUGAGGGAAUGUAUAUUCUGUAAACUCAUGUUAAUGAGCGUUAAUUCUUGUUCCAGAGUUCAUGAUUAAUCAAUUUCUGUAUCAAGCUUUAAAAUCAAUUUUGCCUGCAACUAAUGUGUAGGUGAGAGCUUUAUAAUUAACCAGGUCAUGCCACUUACUCUCUCAAAUCUGGCAUGCGAGGAAAUUUCUUUUUCUAUUCUGGAACUUUCUAAGCAUUGCACAAUAAGUAAAUAAAUAAAUAAAUAAAUGGUUAGGACACUUUCUUGGUCAAUUUUGGAUAUAAAUUAUCUGAAUCUGCUGCUUUUAAAAAAUACAAGUCUCAUAGUUGCUCAGUUAUUAUUGGAAAAGAUAGCAUUUAAUCUUAUCUUGGCUGGCAUAAAAUCGUGCCCUCCCCAUGUGAAACUGUCAAGUACUCAGUCCUACAAGUCACAACUUGAUUUCAUUGUAGAAAUGGAUAUUUCUAAUAGACUCCCCUCGUACUAGACAAAUACAAUACUUAUGAUUUCUAUUUUCUCUAAACACUUCUACACCAUUGUAACUCUUUCCCUCCAAACAGAAACACUAGUCUUAAACUAUGGAGGGGAUCACUCACUCAUCCGAUAACUUGCCUGCCUCUGUGCUGCCCCACUGCAUCCCUCGAGUUUCUGCCUUUUAUCUGCUUUUUUACAUUGCAACUCUGUUUGUUUUAAACUUGUCAUCAGUUUCUGGCAAUUCCCUUUCACACACAGUUUAUCUCAGUAUUUUAAACUUGUAGAUUGUUUGAAUUACAGAGGAUUUAGACCAUUUUAUUCCUGCAUUAGUACAGCCAAAAGGUUGUAAUAUUCCAGUUUACAACUAUUACCUUUAGAACGUCUGCUGAUGCAUCUUAAUUUUCCCUGAAAUGAUGCACAUGGUCUGGUUCAAGAAAACCAGCCAGGAGAUAAGAUACUAGCAGAUUUGGGAAAAAAAAAAAAAAUAUUAUUGCCAUGCACUACACAGUAUUUAUGCUUCUGCUGCAAUAUCCUCAUUAUCAGUCUGAUAAUGGUGACCUAUCUCACCAUCAUCUUACAACAUCUACCACCAACUCAUAACUCAAGCUCUCCCUCAGCAGAAACUGAAAAAAAAAAGCACGUAAAUAGAAAGCCACUUGAACAGUGUAUUAUUCUAAAAUGUUUAGUAAAUGUGAUGGUCUAACAGAGGAACCGUUAUCUCUUCUUCAAGUAUUUCAGUAUUUAUCCUGCAGUGCUCAAGACAGAUUGACAUCUAAGUUGCAGCAUGAGCACUUUUUGUCCUGCAGAAGGCAGACAAACUACAGAUCCAGACAAGGGAUUGUUUGAGAACUACAUGAAUAAAAAGAACAAUAAUUAAAAACCAGCAUCUCUCCUACAUAUGCUAAAAAUCAGCAUUUUAGAGAUUUUUUCAGCAAAUCAAAUAUAACUCCUCCUUUAAGUUACAUAUUUACUGGAAUUACCAACAGUUAAUUUAUACCAUAAUGGUCAUGCACGUGUAGAGCACACAAUCCUUAAGUUAACCUCAGCAAAAAAGAAUGUUGUUUUUAGUUUCUAGGUAGUCACGUAUCCAUAGAUAUCUGUUGGUACACAAGAUAAAAAAGUAAAUUGGUUUGCACUGCUAAAUCUAAUGGUGGGCUGUCAAAAAAACAAUUCGUUUACUUUCUGCAUAGGAAAUUGGUGUGCAAUUGUUUUAUCAAAUAGCUGUUUCAAAUUAUUUUGUAAUGUAAAUAUUUCCAAGUUACAAUAUCGCUCAGUUGUUGAGUUUGAGAUUUUAAGAAUCUUUUUCUAAUAAAGGCUUAUAGC